UCGCUGUCAAUAAACGUAGCAUCAGACAUCGAGGGGACAUCGAAGAUGGGGAAGGACAAAAGAACCAAGAAAUAUGCUGCCAUGAAACGAAUGAUAUCUUUGCGUGAUGCCAGAAUACAGGACAAGGACAGACAGAAGAAGAAAGCACCGCCCAAAUGGAAGCAAGAUAAAGAGGCAAAGAUCAAGGAACGGGAGGUCCCCCAGUACUCCUCGGCGCUCUUCUUCAAGUACAACACACAGUUGGGACCGCCGUACUACGUGCUGGUGGAUACCAACUUUGUCAAUUUCUCCAUCAAGAACAAAAUUGACCUGGUCCAGGGAAUGAUGGACUGCCUCUAUGCAAAAUGUAUCCCAUGCAUAACAGACUGUGUGAUGGCUGAGAUUGAGAAACUAGGCAGGAAAUACAACGUCGCUCUGCGGACGGUGAAAGAUGAGAGAUUUGAACGAUUACCCUGUUUGCAUCAGGGGACGUAUGCCGAUGACUGCCUUGUACAGAGAGUAACACAGCACAAGUGUUACAUUGUUGCGACCUGUGACCGAGAUCUCAAGAGGAGAAUACGAAAAAUCCCAGGAGUGCCCAUCAUGUUCCUCUCACAGAAAAGAUACACUAUUGAGCGGAUGCCUGAUGCCUUUGGAGCACCUAAAUUGUGAUACCAACCGGGGCCACCAAAUACAUGCCAUGUCAUGCUGGUCCAGUGUACCAUCUGGUUGGAGUGUCUUCGGCAAGAAACAUCUUAUAAGGAGACCAACUGCAUGAUCGAUCUUCAUGUAUAUUCCUACAUGCCUACAUUUGGGACCAACCAAGGCUGUAAGUGCUAGCCGGUCAGUUGUCAAGGAAUGCUGUUAUGGAAGCGUCAAGGAUUGUAUGCGGAUGACAGAUAUGCACAUUGAGGGCAGUACAGUUUUAAUAGUUUUGUAAGCAUGGGCUCACAAGCGGCCAACUACAUGUAUGUGUUGCCGUCAACUGCAGUCAACUCCUUAAAAAAAAAGACUUACAACUUUCAUCAUAUACAUGUACAUGAACUUGUAUUAAGGCAGAUGAUAAUGGAAGUAUGAUCAAACUUUGUGUUGAAAAGAAUAGCAGCAGAGUAUGCACCUCACUUCAUUCUUCAUGUUACAUUUAUAUUUCUUAACCAGGAGAAAUGAAUUUCAACAGCAUGAACAUGCCAAAUAAGCCCUUAUUUAUCCCCUUAUCAGCCAGCAUACAAUACCAUAGUUCACAAAAUAUUACAGUCGAACCCUGCAAGAAGAGCACUGUUAAUACAACAUCCUGCUUAUAACAAGGAAAAUGUUAGGCCCCAAAUCUGUGUUUGGCUUUUUUUUUCCAUUACUGAUAAUACAAGGUACCUGUUAUAACAAAAUAAUUUGUAAAGCCUCAAGGACCUUGUUAUAAAGGUCUUCGACUGAAUUGACUGCUUCGAGUGGUAAAGUAUAGCUAUCCCUCUGAAGUGAUCCAUGGAGUAUUUGUUUUUCCCGAGGCAAAGCCGAGAGAAAAUAGAAUGCUCCAUGGAUCACCGAAGGAGGCAAGUUUUACUUCCAUUAGUUAAGCAGUCGAUAUUUGUUUUACAACACCUCGCCCACAGAUUCUGCUUGAUUUUAAGGGAUAACAGAUUAAGUUAAUCUAAAUACAAUUCAAAUGUACUUCUAUUUCAACACGAAAGUAGUUAAAAAUUCACUUGAGCCUUUCCACAUCACCCUUUCACAGAAUGUUUGAACCCGUGCUCUGUUGGAUUAGCGCUUGGGAACACGCGCAACCGGGUCACCCGUAUGCACUUGCACACAGUACUGGUUACUAUGCAUAUACAUUGUACAUGUGGUAGGCGUAUAGUACUUUGGUUGCUGUGUAUGUACAGUGUACUUUUGUUGCUGUGCACAUAGCAAAAAUAGCGAAUACCAUGUGGCUCUCUCUCUGCCAAUCAAGAUACAGAAUCUACGGGUUGGGUGUUAUAAUAUUUUAUCUUCAAGUAAACUUGAAUCGUCAAUCCUGAUUGGACGAUCCAUGGCAACAACAGUGUGAUAUGAGGCUGUAUUGCACGGUCCAUAUCGAACCCUGCGUAUUGCGCUAUUCCAAGAUGCAAGCGACAUUCCAGCUGCCUGCGCUAAACCACUAAAAGGUUCGUGUAAAGCGAUGGUACAACUUUACUGCGCGUCAAGUUUGCUUGAAGAUAAAUUCGUUAUCACGCUCGCGCUUGUGGAACACGGAAAAUGUUGUGCGUCUGUGUCCCAUAUACGCACUACAUUAUUCCGUGUUCCACUCGCGCUCUCAGGAUAACUUAUAAUGUUACCCAUACAUCAUGUACAUAAGUGUAUAUAUUGAUAUAGGACUGAAACUGAUGGAACUAAGGCUAUGAAAUACAUCCCAGGGCUAUGAAAUACAUCCUCAAUUCAGUACAUGUAGUUUUCACUUUCAUUUGCAAAGCCUUGAACCAUUUCACAUAACCAGAUGUCUCAAAUGCACAUAUGCAAUAAAUUGCACAUAUGCAUUGACAUUGUAUGAUGUA